AUGUAUCUUACUCUCCAAAGUUGUGACAUCCACUGUGAAGGAGGAGAUGGAGGCAGCCCAGAAAAAAACCUUCUCUGUGUGAUGUGUUCCAGUCACCCAACCUGUGUAAACAAGUGUGACUCAUCCUUCAUGAGAUUUGCAACACGGCUGCCCUGUUCUGGCUUGAUUCUCCACUUACAUCAGCUGGGGGAUAGCAUCUUCCUUUUGCCAGCUAUCAUUGGAAUAGUCAAAAUCCCAAGCAUUUAUCUUGCUUUUUGGACAUUGAAUCACUUGGGUCGUCAAAUAAGCCAACUGUUUUUUAUGUUUGUGGUGGGAAUCUUAAUUCUGGCAUUGUUGUGCCUCAAGGUGAGGAAAGAGCACAGGGCAAAAAAAGAAAUCUCUUAUGACUGUUCCCCAGAGGAAGAAAGUCUUCCAUUAAGCUCCUGCGGAAUGAUCCAAAGAUCGGUGACACUCUGCAUGAAGGACAGACAUACACUGAACAGAAAAGAGGAAGAAAUGCAGACCCCACGUUUGAUUUUGACAAUUUUAGGAGCAGCAAUUUCUACUGCCUCUGUUACCAGUUCUUUUACCCAUGCAAAUGAACUACUCCCCACCAUUAGCAGGGGAACAGCUUUAGGAAUCACUGGAAUUGCUGGCAGUACUGGGGCAGCCCUGACUCUGUUGAUGAUCCUAGUGACAUAUUCUCCACCCUUGCUCUGGAUCAUCUAUGGUGUUUUCUCCACCCUCUCUGGCCUUGUUGUCCUCCUUCUUCCUGAAACCAGGAAUCAGCUUCUGCUGGACUCUAUCCAAGACAUAGAAAAUGGAUGAGUGAACCCUACCACUGCCCCUUAGGGGAGUUGUGACUACAGGUCUGAGUGAGAUGACAAUAUACCAUUCAGAGCCAAUGCAUCCCAGGGAGGCUUAGACCUAAAUUCUUCUCAUGUGGUUAGUGCCUUUGGUUCAGAUACAGUUCAUCUGUUUAAGCAGGGGCCUCAGAUGUCCCUGUAGGCUCUCAAGACCACACAAACCAGCUCUGCCCAGUCUACACCACUAGAUUUCAUGGUACAUAUGGCAAAUUUAGGUCUCUUCUGCUCUCCCUGCCCUAGUGUAACACACACAGUCCUGAAGGAGUUUCACAAACAUGCCCAAAUAUAAAUAUCAAACCUCAUCCUGUAGACCUUGACCCCCUCUGCUGGUGAAUGCUGGUAAGCUCUUGGCAGUGGUCAGUUCUGGAAGGCCUGAGUUUUUCCCUGGUCACAAAGUAAUCUGGGGGGAUCAUGUGCAGGACUAGAGCCUUCCUCACAAGUGACAGUCCAUCUCAGGCGAAGGAGUCUUGGUUGGUUGAGAUUCUAACCACCUGGCUUUCACUGGGAAUGAAAGUGUUGAACAAAAAAAAAGGCAAAGGGCUACAUAAAGUGCCUUUGUAAGUAAUGAAGACUGAGAAAGGGUUUUGAAACUUCUCUGACCUUCUCUUUCCUUUUCCAAAGACCCACUUGACUAAAGUAUAAGUAGAGACCUUCACAGCUGCCUUAUCAGAUCUUACAUUGUGAGUUAGGUCUUUAUUCCUAGCAUUUACUCAAACCCUCCUGGCAGGAUUCAAGAUUGGUACCAAAACUGGUGCAUGAAUGGUCAUCUUGCCCUAAGACAUGAAGACAGAGAAAUGAUAGAGAGAGAAGAGAGGGGAUAGAGAGAUAACAGAGACAGAUUAUAUAGGUAUAUACAGGUGGUGACAGAUGUAGAUGAUGUGUAUAAAUACAGACAUAUAAUAUAGAUAUAGAUUGAUAGAUUACAUAGAUACAGCAGUAGAUAUAGACACAGAUAUAAAUAUGAACGACAUACAUAGAGAAAUAGACAGACAAACAGAUGGAUAGAUAUAACUUUUUUCCUAUUUGCAUUUGUUUGUUGGUUUCUUUCUAUUUGUCCCAGGAUACAAGGCUCAAGAAAAAAAAAAAAAAACUGGAAGAUACCUUCAUCAAAGUGACACAGUUUUAAGAAAUUCAAGGAACUGAGUGUUGAUCAGAAAGCAAAGAAAAAAUUUAAAUCUUCCCCAGAGACAAGCAAAAUUUGGAAAAAAAUUUAAAUAAAAAGAUAUAAUGAAAUAAUGGAUCCAU